AGAUGUUCAGGUUACUUGUUCUUAAGGUUGGUAUGUCAUGUUGGCGGCUGUGUUGGGGCUGUGAAGAGGGUUCUUGGCAAAAUGGAAGGGGUGGAAACUUUUGACAUUGAUCUGGAACAACAAAAGGUGACUGUGAAGGGUAAUGUACAGCCAGAUGCGGUUCUGCAGACGGUUUCCAAAACCGGGAAGAAAACGGAGUUCUGGCCAGCUGAAGGUGCAUCGGCUACUGCUUAAUAUAUGUGUUUUAAAUGGUUUUUGAACUUGGUAUUGUAAUUGUAAAUCUAGAACUAUCAGAUGACUGUAACAUUUGGUAUUUUGCACUUGAAUAAAUGCAAAACAUAAUUGUUGUGUUGUGA